UCCCUUGGACUGGAUCUCGGGCCUCGCCGACCCGGUCUUGGCCGCCCCUCCCUUGGUUCCAUUUUCCUUCAAAGGAGGGAAGAUUUCAACACUAAACUUGCACAAUGUCUUUGAAACCAAGAGUAGUAGAUUUUGAUGAAACAUGGAACAAACUUCUGACUACAAUCAAAGCAGUUGUCAUGUUGGAAUAUGUCGAAAGAGCAACAUGGAAUGAUCGCUUCUCAGAUAUCUAUGCUUUAUGUGUGGCCUAUCCUGAACCUCUUGGGGAAAGACUUUAUACAGAAACUAAGAUUUUUUUGGAAAAUCACGUCCGGCAUUUGCACAAGAGAGUACUGGAGUCUGAAGAACAAGUUCUUGUUAUGUAUCAUAGAUACUGGGAAGAAUACAGCAAGGGUGCAGAUUAUAUGGACUGUUUAUAUAGGUAUCUCAACACCCAGUUUAUUAAAAAGAAUAAAUUGACUGAAGCUGACCUUCAGUAUGGCUAUGGUGGUGUAGAUAUGAAUGAACCACUUAUGGAAAUAGGAGAGCUAGCAUUGGAUAUGUGGAGGAAAUUGAUGGUUGAACCACUUCAGACCAUCCUUAUCCGAAUGCUGCUUCGAGAAAUCAAAAAUGAUCGUGGUGGAGAAGACCCAAACCAGAAAGUAAUCCAUGGGGUUAUUAACUCCUUUGUUCAUGUUGAACAGUAUAAGAAAAAAUUUCCCUUAAAGUUUUAUCAGGAAAUCUUUGAGUCUCCCUUUCUGACUGAAACAGGAGAGUAUUACAAACAAGAAGCUUCAAAUUUAUUACAAGAAUCAAAUUGCUCACAGUAUAUGGAAAAGGUUCUAGGUAGAUUAAAAGAUGAAGAAAUUCGAUGUCGAAAAUAUUUACAUCCAAGCUCGUAUACUAAAGUGAUUCAUGAAUGUCAGCAACGAAUGGUAGCAGACCACUUACAGUUCUUACAUGCAGAAUGUCAUAAUAUUAUUCGACAAGAGAAAAAAAAUGACAUGGCAAAUAUGUAUGUCUUACUCCGUGCUGUGUCUACUGGUUUACCUCAUAUGAUUCAGGAGCUGCAAAAUCAUAUCCAUGAUGAGGGCCUUAGAGCAACCAGUAACCUUACUCAGGAAAAUAUGCCAACACUAUUUGUGGAGUCAGUUUUGGAAGUACAUGGUAAAUUUGUUCAACUAAUCAACACUGUUUUGAAUGGUGAUCAACAUUUUAUGAGUGCAUUGGACAAGGCCCUUACAUCAGUUGUAAAUUACAGAGAACCCAAGUCUGUCUGCAAAGCACCUGAAUUGCUUGCGAAGUACUGUGACAACUUACUAAAGAAGUCAGCAAAAGGGAUGACUGAGAAUGAAGUAGAAGACAAACUUACGAGUUUCAUUACUGUUUUCAAAUAUAUUGAUGAUAAGGAUGUUUUUCAAAAGUUCUACGCAAGAAUGCUGGCAAAACGUUUAAUUCAUGGRUUAUCUAUGUCUAUGGAUUCUGAAGAAGCCAUGAUCAAUAAGUUAAAGCAAGCCUGUGGUUAUGAGUUUACCAGCAAGCUACAUCGGAUGUAUACAGAUAUGAGUGUCAGUGCUGAUCUCAACAAUAAGUUCAACAAUUUUAUCAAAAACCAAGACACAGUAAUAGAUUUGGGAAUUAGUUUUCAAAUAUAUGUUCUACAGGCUGGUGCAUGGCCUCUUACUCAGGCUCCUUCGUCUACAUUUGCAAUACCCCAGGAAUUAGAAAAAAGUGUACAGAUGUUUGAAUUAUUUUAUAGCCAGCAUUUCAGUGGAAGGAAACUCACAUGGUUACAUUAUCUCUGUACAGGUGAAGUUAAAAUGAACUAUUUGGGCAAACCAUAUGUAGCCAUGGUUACAACAUACCAAAUGGCAGUUCUUCUUGCCUUUAACAACAGUGAAACUGUCAGCUAUAAAGAGCUUCAAGAUAGUACUCAGAUGAAUGAAAAGGAACUGACAAAAACAAUCAAAUCAUUACUUGAUGUGAAAAUGAUUAACCAUGAUUCAGAAAAGGAAGACAUCGAUGCAGAAUCUUCAUUUUCAUUAAAUAUGAACUUCAGCAGUAAAAGAACAAAAUUUAAAAUUACUACAUCAAUGCAGAAAGAUACACCACAGGAAAUGGAGCAGACUAGAAGUGCUGUGGAUGAGGACCGGAAAAUGUAUCUUCAAGCUGCUAUAGUUCGUAUCAUGAAAGCACGAAAAGUGCUUCGGCACAAUGCGCUUAUUCAAGAGGUGAUUAGCCAGUCAAGAGCUAGGUUUAAUCCAAGUAUCAGCAUGAUUAAGAAAUGUAUUGAAGUUCUGAUAGACAAACAAUACAUUGAACGCAGCCAAGCGUCCGCAGAUGAAUACAGUUACGUCGCGUGAUGUUGCUCUCCUCCAGUGUGGGUGUGAGAAGAUCAUUGCCAUCACCAUUCGGUGUGUUCCUGUGGGAAAAAGCAGGCCUGUGCCUCCAUAAUUUGGUCAUUUGGCAGCCCCUGUUUUUCUGCUGUUUACAACAUCACCAGUGCCACGUCAUGAGCGUCAAAAGAAAAUGCCUAGAGAUAUUUCAAGCUCAUGUCAUUAUGACAUUUCUUAAAACUUUUAAAAGAAUGAGUGAAGUAUUGCUGAAAUGUGGAAAUUUGGUUGGGUACCAUGCUUUCUCUCCCCUUCACGUUUGCAGUUGAUGUGUUUUUUUUUUUUUAAUGUAUCUUAAAGGACAUAAAAUAAAAACUUAAAUAUUGUAAUAUGACAGAUAACAUAAUAAUUGUAUCUACAUUAAAAUGACAAACAUGAUAUUGCUGCUUGUCAAAUAAAAAAAAUAAAGAAAUAGAAUGCCUUUUUUYAUGUGGUUGGAGUAUCAGGAUGGCCACAAAAUAAUAUGUAUCUAUAUAAAAAUAUUGAUGAGUCAUUCUAGCAUCUAAAGCAGCUUUGUGUUUUUAUCUCAGUGGUUUAAUUUACUUUCAUUAACUCCUCCAUGAAAAAUGUCUAAAAUUAUUGCAUUCAGCAUAAAAAAAUGCUUUAUUUUUAUGGAUUUAGACCUGCAUUGGAUAUGAACAUUUUGAAUAUGGAAGACAUAAUUCCAUCAGCAGCUUCUAGUAAUGUGCUUAUACCAUGGACACAUGUAUGAGUAGUAUGUAGUGACAUCAACCUGGUAUAAAUGGAGCCUUUCAUUCACAUUUGUCAUACUACUGUUUUUAUAACACACUAAUUCUAAUAUAGAAUAAUAUCUCAGUUUUGCCUUCCCUGAGUUGUAGGAGACCCUCUGAUAACAAUCUAUUCCUUCCAUUUCCCUCUACCUGGUAUACUAUAUCCACUCCUGUAAGUCACACUUUGCCUCGCAGUGCAUAACCUAAGUAACCUUUCUUAAAAAACAAAUCUAUUUGGUACAUUAUGCCAGGUACAUCAGGUACCACUUAUAUAGAGACAUGAAAUUCUAUAUUGUUUAUUAUAAAUCAGUGGGAAUAUUAAAAUACUUUGGUAUAUUAUCAUAUUUAAAUUCUGUCUGCCCCUGGCCCCCACAGCAUAUAAUUUUUUAAAGCUGGACUAUUUUAAAGAAUAUCCCAUACAAAUUAUUUUCACUUUUAAUACUUCAAUUUGUAUGGCUAACAGAUAAGGCAGGUCUUUUAAAAAAUAACCAGUUAUAUUAUUACAAAUAAACAGGAAUUAUUUAGAGUCGCCUCACAUGUGGUUUGAUCAUAUUUAAAUUUCUCUUGUUUAAAAAUGACUUUUACAAUUGGUUUAUUUGAUUACACUUUUUCUGACUUGUGUUAAGUGUUUUAAAAAUCAUCUGGUCAUGGUGGCACAGUCCUGUAAUCCCAGUUGCUCAGGAGGCUGAGACAGGAGGAUCGUGAGUUCAAAGCCAACCUCCACAAAAACAAGGUACUAAGCAAYUCAGUGAGACCCUGUCUCUAAAUAAAAUAUAAAAUAGGGCUUGGGGUAUGGCUCAGUGGUUGAGUGACCCUGAGUUUAAUCCCCCUAAAAAAUCAACUGAAAAUUACUUAUCAAGUGUAUUUCUCUUACCUUUCUUCCUAGAGAGGAAAUAGUGGCAAACUCUAUAAUAUUGCACAUUUACUGUCAAAACCCAAAAUGCUUGUUUUGAGAACUUGGUAAGUUUUCCAAUUGGUUUCUUUUUCUCUUAGACACUUAUAAAGGUUAAAUUAAGACUUACCCUGAUAUCUAAUUGUCAAGAAAAUAUAUCAUAUUUAAAAAGUGGACAAAAUAGUUGUACUAAGGUCUACAUAAAAGACAAAGUUUUCUUCAUAUUUUCUCCCCUUUUUACUUAAAAAGAAACCUAUUACACACAUACAUGAAGAAGAGGCUAAAUACAUUCAACCAAGUCACCAUCCAGAAAGGGAGCAAUAUUUAGAAUUUAUUUUUGCACACACUUUCCCUAAGGAGAAUGUAGACAGAGUUGCAGUCUCAUCCAUCACAUUAAAUCAAGCAACUGAAAUAUCACUGUAGCUCAGGGUGCAAACCUGGGAGGCCCUGCUGUACAACGCUGAGUGCUUGUGGGAGAAACUGGUCAGCUAUGAAAAGGAAAGAGGAGGUAGGAAA